UUUUCAGAGGACACAUUUGGGGCCACAGGACGGACCAAAUCGCAUGCAGCACAAUUUGUGCUGGUGAUCGCGGCGAAUUAAAUUAAAUUGUUUGACAAUUGUUAACGGCGAUCGCCCCCGAUGAAGAAUCUCUAGCUUCCGUAUGAGAAGGUCGUUCGGUCGGCUCGUCGACUUCGCUGCAAAUUAUUAGGUUGUUUGAAUCGCACGGACUAAAAUGAACGAAGAACUGACCUACGUUGCCAUAACGACGACCUUCUGGUCCGUCUUCUACCUGGUGCACCAGAAACUGAGCAAAAAGGAGCCUGAGUUCAGCUGCCGCCUUGUGACCUUUGUGCACGCAUGUGUGGCCAACUGCCUGGCGAUGUGGCACUGCUACUUGGCAACCCCUCAAGACUAUGGUAGCGAAAAUUCCAGCAUGCAGAAGUUCACUGUGAGCAACAGCCUGGGCUACUUCAUCUUUGACAUGGUGUGGUGCCUGUACUACCAGACCGAGGGCGUCACCAUGAUCAUCCACCACCUGGUCAGUCUGACGGCGCUCAGCUCGGUGCUGGUCAAGGGCGUGUCGGCCACCGAGGGCAUCGCCGGCAUUGGCGGCAUGGAAAUCACCAACCCCCUGCUGCAGGCCCGCUGGUACCUUCGCACCACUGGAAGAAAAGACACGUGGCUCUACACGGUGGUCGAGUUGGCGUUCAUGUCGCUCUUCUUCUUAAUCCGAGUCGUGUACGGCUUUUUCUUAAUCAAACGGGUGCUGCUGCAUCCGAAGCCUGAUCUUUUCACGAAGGCGCUCGCCGCCUCGUUCUACAUGCUCACCGUCACUUUCAUGUACUACAUCGCGUCUUACUUUUACGCAAAGUACUUACGGAAAUCAAGCAAGAAGGUCGAGUAGUCUGACCUGUUGGGAAUAUUAAUUGCUGUGAAACGAUUAUUGCGAAAAAAAGAUCACCAGACACGGGGUUUGGAAACGACUAGGAUCUGGACAGCCUACCACCGAUAGUGGGUUCGCUUUUUGCGUGAGAGACAGAAAGAGUUUUGAAUUUGAACGAAAUGUGAAACAAUCAAUGACCGUUAGCAGGUGCUGAUCAUAUUAAUUAAGUUGCAUGUUUUUAUUACUUGCUCAGAAUUGAAUCUCUGUUUGCCAGAAAUAAGCUCGUUUCACUAUUUUGCUUUUGGUCAACAGACGAUUGCAGAAAUGGAACUGGCGGCAAUGCAGUUCCCUUUUAUCACAGUAUUUUCAAAUUGAAAAAUAGUGAAUAUAUGUUGUAACGGCAUGCCCGAAAUUUGGGACAAAAGGAUUUUAUAUGUCCUUGGAGUUUAUGCAUGUUUACUUCCAAAUAUUCCAGGUCUUACUUCCAGUUCAAAUGACCGUAUUAUUUAUUUUUUCUUUGAGUGAAUUCUGUUUUUUUCCUUAUAUGUUUCUUUUUAAAUCAAGAUGUAUAUCAGCAUGACCGUUUUGUAAAUAGAUACAAGGCUUAAAUGGACUGAGAUUCGCACCAAAGGUAUGCCUUUUGGCUGGCCAGUUGUCAAAGUUUCCAAACCUUGGGACAAAAUUAUUAGAAAAUUGUUACGUUUUUGUUUUUUAUCUUUGAAUUGUCAGUUGAGAGACGUUGUUGUGUUUUGCAGAAAUGCUGCUUGGUAGCAAUACACAUUCAUGAACAAGCAAUACUUAGAAUCUUUCGUGUAGGGUCCAACUACUCGCCUCGUUUUGUUUUUCAUAGCAUGCCAUCACUUUUCAUUCUACUUUGCUUCUUGACACAAUCCAUCACAUCCCUUUUUCCGUAAGUGCAUGGACAGUGCGCUCUUCUAGUCAGCCAGCAUAAAUAACAAUAUUACGAGAGACCAGAUUUUCUUUUGAUUUAUUGUGAAGUUUUUUAUAUAGACCUACGGCAAGAAUUUUGCUUCUGGAACUGUUGAACAGUAUGUAGCCAAAUUACAUGUUAUGAUGCGUUACACAUUAAUAAAAUUGUGA